AUGACUAUCUUCAUUGCUUCAUUAUUCCUACCAUACACUAUCAACUUCCAUGUUAACAAAUCGCGAAGCCGCCGUGCCUCCCGUGCCCCGAGCCCUCCCCCGCCAAAACCAACCCCCGAAGACAUCCCACCAGCAAGCACCACCAGUGCCCCCCUCAGCUUAUUCGAUCAGCAACAUGGCGCCAAGAAAGUCGGUUUAACUCCGGGAGCCACGACGGAGCACGAACGCAUCUUUUCGUCGGAUCUCAACAAGGCGGAGAUAAAACCGCAGGAAUACCCGUUCCCCGGGUCGGUGAAUGAAAAGGAUGUUUUGACGGGGAGUGAAGCACACUCGCCCGCAUGGGGUGCGACGACAUCGUUAAACCAGCCUCGACCGCAGGCGGCGUUCGCGGCGAGUCCGUCGAUUCUGAAGCAUCAGGAUGCCCUUCUGCCUGUGAGGGAGGAGCAAGAAAUUACCAAAGCCAAAGUGCCCGCAGUUUACGCUACGAGGGCUGAGCAUGGACGGGCGGAGUCAUUUUCCAAGGCUGAAUGGACGAUCGAGACCGCUGAGCAGGGUAAUGGGGGUCUGCGGAACGCUGUCCGGUCUGCCACUGAUGCGGGGCAGCUGGAGGAUAAGAUCUGGGUUGGAACGUUGGGGAUGCCGACGGAUGCCUUGGUGCAGCAGACUAAGUCGACGAUUGCACAUACGCUGGAGAAGGAACAUGGAUCUUUGACAGUGUUCGUCAGUGACGCCGAUUUCGACGGGCACUACACGCAUUUCUGCAAGACGAUUCUGUGGCCUGUGUUCCACUACCAGAUUCCGGAUAAUCCCAAGAGCAAGGCGUACGAAGACCACUCGUGGAUCUACUAUGUCAAGAUCAACCAGGCCUUUGCGGAGCGGAUCGCGCGGAACUGGAAGAAGGGAGACUCGAUCUGGGUCCAGGAUUACCAUUUGCUGCUGGUCCCCGCUAUGUUGCGCAAGUUGCUCCCGGAUGCGCAGAUUGGGUUUUUCCUGCACAUCGCGUUCCCCUCUUCAGAAGUGUUUCGAUGCUUGGCUCCUCGUAAGGAGCUUCUUGAAGGCAUGCUGGGAGCGAACUUGAUCGGUUUCCAGACUGAUGAGUACUGUCGACACUUCCUCCAAACGUGCAGUCGGAUAUUAUCCGUGGAGGCCACCAACGAGGGUCUACAAAUGGAGGAUCGCUUUGUCAAUGUGGCCACCUUCCCUAUUGGCAUUGACCCGACAUCCUGGGACAAGCGACGUCAAGCGGGGGAUGUUGAGCAGUGGAUCAGGACGAUCUCCGAAAGGUAUCAGGGUAAGCGGUUGAUUGUGUCGAGAGACAAGAUCGAUCAGGUACGGGGAAUUCGACAAAAGCUGUUGAGUUAUGAGUUGUUCCUCAACUCUUAUCCUGAAUGGAGGGAACAGGUGGUUUUGAUUCAAGUGGCGACGAGUACCACGGAACAGCCCGAGCUGGAAGCCAUGGUUUCUGACAUUGCGAUGCGGAUUAAUUCUACGCAUUCUACGUUGGCUCAUCAGCCUUUAGUCUUCCUCAAACAAGACUUGGCGUUCCCACAAUAUCUGGCUUUGAUAUCUGUGGCGGAUGCACUUAUGAUCACUAGUCUUCGUGAGGGAAUGAACCUAACCAGUCAUGAGUUUGUCUACUGUCAGGACGGAAAGUACCACGGGUCCGGAAACAAGAAAUACGGCUCUCUGAUUCUGAGUGAAUUCACUGGAAGUGCCUCUGUAUUUGGCAACCACGCUCUUCUGGUCAACCCAUGGGAUUACCGACAAUGCGCAGAGGCGAUUCACGAGGCGCUAUCGCGCGGCGAGGAAGAGCGCCAGCAGGUCUGGACGAAACUUCACCAGGCCGUACUGCAUAACUCGACAGCCAACUGGGUCAAGUCGUUCAGCGAAACAUUAACCCGGGUAUGGCACGAGCAAUCGUCGCGGGAAUUCAUAUACGUGCCUCGUCUCCCGAUGGACCAGCUAGAAGAACGGUAUCAAAGAGCUCCGCGUCGGCUGUUUAUUGUUGACUAUGAGGGUACACUUGCUUCGUGGGGCUCGCCGAAGAGCAUCAUUGUCACGACACCGCAACGGGCAAUCACCACCCUGACCGAACUAACAGAGGACCCGCGAAACAUGGUAUAUGUGAUGAGCGCACGGAUGCCAGAGGAAAUGGAAAGACUCUUCAGCCGGGUCCCUGGCGUGGGCUUAAUCGCAGAGAACGGCUGUUUCGUGCGCGAACCUCAUGAAGAAGAAUGGCUCAAACUCACAAACCAGGAACGUACCACAGCAUGGAAAGACGGUGUUAGCCACAUCCUAGCCUACUACCAGGAACGCGCGGAUGGCAGCUGGAUCGAGCGCCGACACUGCUCACUUGUCUUUCACUACGGCUCAGCAGAGGACCAGCACGCAGCCGCCCGACUGGCCUCUGAAUGCGCAGGACACAUCAACGAUGCCUGUGCUAACCAAGGUAUCCACGCUAUCCUCGUAGAGGGAGCACUAGUUGUGGAACCAGCAGACAAAAACAAGGCAUCUGCAGCAGAAGCAGCAUGGCAGGGUAUCGUCCGUGCGGCACCGCCAGAUGAAAGUCAAGAACGGCCUAGUUUCCUACUCGUCAUUGGAGACGGCCGCGAUGACGAGUGCGUGUUCCGAUGGGCGAACAAGCUAGAGCAGAAAGGCGGGAUCGAGUAUGCCAUGACGGUGGCGCUGGGAUCGCGGAGUACGGAGGCUAAGGCGACCUUGACACAGGGUGUUACUGGUGAGUUUUCCUUGGUUCUACGGUAUGGAAAGACGUGGCUAACUCGCGUAGGUGUGCUUUCUUGUCUAGAACGAUUGGCGGCGUCGAAUUCGUGA